CACCAUCACAGCGUCAUCCUGUCAACUGAUCGUCUGCUGAGCAACAUGAAUCUACUGCUUCUGAUCUGUGUGAGCGCGCUCUGUGUCACAGCUGGAGCUCUGCUGGUUCAGACUCCACCUUUUCUAUCAGUGCCGGCUGGAUCAAAAGUGAACCUCCAGUGUGACGUCACUGAGACAGGUGGGCGGUGCUCUGAGGUGGCGUGGCUGCACGUCGGACAGGUGAGCAACCUCAGAGUCUCAAGCGUUGUGUCUGGAGCUGAUAGAGGGAAGGUGUGUCGGCUGGAGAUCUCCAAGGCCACCCUGCAGGACGUCGGCAGGCAUUACUGCGUCUACAUCAACGGACUCCUGCUGCAGAUCAGUAGCGGGACCAUGCUGACUGUUACAGAGUCGCAGCUCCAAAGUCCUGCAGUCGAGCUCCUGGUCCCCUCAGACGUCAACUCGUUCCUCCCCAUCCCGUUGACCUGUCUGGUGUCUGGAGUGAAGGACCCUGAUCAGGUCACGGUGGACUGGGAGGUGGUUGGGGCUGAUGGCAUCCAGCAGCUCAGUCCCACCAUCCUCCCCGUCAGCCAGGCGGUCGUCAUCAGCCAACAGGUUCAUGUUCCUGCAGAGAGCUGGUCUGCAGGAGUGGAGGUGUCCUGUGUGCUGAAUGACGGAGAGCUGAGCAUCAGAAAGACUGUCAGCAGCAGACUAGGAAAGUCCAGUCAGUGUGUGCUGCUGGCCUCCAUCACUGGUGCCGUGUGUGUCGUCCUGUUGACCGUCGCCAUGGCGCUCAGCGUCCUGUUGUUGUGCCGACAGAGGCGAAUCCGAGGAAAAUCAGAGGGUCCACCAAAUAUCAGUGAAGAGGCUUCAGCAGAGCUUCAUUAUGCCGCUCUGAGAUUUAAACCUUCAGACAGAAGAAACGUCCCCUGAAAUCAGCUUAUCUUCUGCUGCUUCUUCAAACCUUACAUUUGAGGACUGCCAACGAUACUGAGUAGCUAAAGCUUUUUCUUUCAAAAUACGAGUUUAAAUCACCAACUUAAAAUGAACAAAAAGACCUUUACGUUCUGUAAACUGGACAAACUGAGUUUUCUCAGUGCUGAAAUGAGGGAGUUUUGUGUUUGUUCCAUUAAAAGUUACUUUUUGAAAAUUUUCUUGCAGCUUUAGAUCUGAUCGCAAUGCCUCUACUCAGCCAACAGACAUCCACUGCUUUUCAGUGUAAAAGCUCUACGUAACAUUUGUGUAUUAAAAUGUCUAAAAACAACUACACCAUUGUUAUAUAAGACAAGAUAAGAUAAAGCAAGAUUUAAGUAAGAUACGAAACUGAAACAAGAAAAGCACUCAGAGAGUGCAGUACUCCACCAAGGCUGCUCAGUCAUUGUGUCAUUUCUGAUGCAUGAAAUCUUGAAAAAAUUUAUGGCAGAAAUCGCGGCAACAUAGAAUGUGGCCAUUUAAUAUAGAUGUACCCACAAACUAGGAACAAUUGAUUAAAUUGUGGAGGUGUUUCCGAGUCCCAUCAACUCCUGCCACCCGCUCCAUAUUUAGGUCACGUGAUUCAGUAUCUGUACAUAACGUACAUAUGCAUAAAACACGCCUGUGCUCAGGGCACAGUCAUUUAAUUUGUGGGUACAUCUAUAUUACAUAGCCACAUCCUAUGUUGCAGUGAUUUCUGAUAAUCAAAUGCUGCAUUUCUAAAACAAAAUGCCGCAUUUCUGACAAUGUCAUAUGGGGGAAUGAACAGGUGGAGUACUGCGCUCUCUGAAUGCUUUUCUUGUAUUAUUAUUGUGCUACUAUUUGAAAUUGCAAAAUUUUUAUUUUUUAUUAAAAAAGUUACAAAAAUGAUUGUCUUCAUUUUUGCAAUUGUUGCUUUGCAUCAGUUAGCCUCCAGCUGUAUACAGAGACUUGUGUUUAUAUUUCUAAAACAUAUUUGUGUUGUAACAUUUUGUACAGUUGUUUCUCUGUUACUGGAUCCAACAGCUUUAAUGAACUGUAAUUAUGGUCAAUAAUGUGUUUUACUGUGUUGUUUUUAUUGCUCCUGCAGAGCUGUAUUAAAGGUUUGGCGUUAACUAAUGUUCCGUCUGUGUGAGAGAAAAGAAAACACACACAAAAAAACCAGAGUAUAGUGUGUCGGCUGCAGAUCAAAAAAGCAGCAUCGAGCUGUGUCUGUUCACUCAGCUAUUUCUCAGUGGAAACUCUCAGUGGAAACUCUCCUUCUGCAGAUUUGUUGUGCUCAUUUGAUUUUCUGGUUGCUGACAUCCUGCAAAAUGUUGGCCUUAAAACAGUUGUUUUUUUUUUUUUGGCAGUAUCAACAUUUUAGUUGUUGACCUACAAAGCAUGAGCUCACACCAAACAGGAAGGAGUUCAAAGAUGGAAAGGUUUGAGAACUUCCUGAAAACUUGUUUUUCGUUGUUGGUCAUUAGUUGUUGACAUCUCUAAACCAGAGAGUUGCCAUUCUUUUGUUUCAAUGAAUUAUCUUUUACUAAGAGUGUUCCCAUCUGUUUUUUUUUUCCAAUUUGUGCAUAAAUGCUGGACAUCUGAAAGUAAAACGUCCAUCACUGUAAGUUUUAUCUUAUUUUCUUCUUCGCUGGUUUUGGUAACAUCAACUGUUUUUGUCACUGCGAUUUGCACAACAGCAGCGGACA